AUGGCACACUACAUUCCUCCCAUCAAUUGGGGUAUGGUGGAAGAGGACCUGUACAGGUCGGGGCAGCCCAAUGUGCUCAACUUUCCGUUCCUCGAGCGACUUAAUCUCAAGACUAUAAUCUGGCUCGCCCCCGACGAUCCCACCCAGCAAUUCUAUAAUUUUGUGGAUGAUCAAGGUAUCGAGUUGAUCCAUCUUGGGAUGGACUCGCAACUGCGAAUCUCCAACCCCUGGAAUCCCAUCUCGGAGGACACGGUCGUAUCGGCAUUGAAGCUCAUCCUCGACCCUAAUAACUACCCUCUGUCGGUCAUGUGCAACCUGGGUCGGCAUCGGUCAGGAACUGUGAUCGGCUGCAUGAGGAAGCUGCAGCGAUGGAACCUCACCUCCAUCUUCGAGGAGUACCGAAGGCACGCCGGCUCCAAGGUCCGUCUUCUGAACGAGCAGUUCAUCGAGCUCUUUGAUACCGACCUGGUCGGCAUCCCCGAGAACCCGCCCAAGUGGCUCUAG